CGUAAAAGAUAACGAAUCCCCGGGAAAAAACUCGAAGCUUUAAAGAAGACGAAGUGGAGGAGCAACACGAUAAACAUGGGGGCGAUCUCUUCUCCAUCUUUGUUACCCUCUUCUUCUCCGAGAUUAUUUGUACCCUCUAAGCUGGUAUUUGGAGCUCCUAAAACCCAGAAAAAGCAAGGGUUUCUAUGUAGCUUCUUGGGUGGUGAAGAAUCGAAUGCAAGUGUGAGGAGGAAUUGUGAGGAGGUUAGAGGCCGGAGAGCCAUUCUUGUGCUCUCGGUGAUCUCUUCGGGGUUGUCGGUGGCAUCAAGUUCUUCUGGGAAGGAGAAAAGCAGAAGCCCUUACAACGAAAGGCGGCUUCUCGAGCAGAACAGGAAGAUACAAGAAGCGAACCACGCGCCCGGCGAUUUCCCCAAUUUCAUUAGAGAAGGUUUUCAAGUCGAAGUAGUGACAUCUGAUAACUAUGUCAAACGUGAUUCUGGACUUAUUUACUGGGACAUAGAAGUUGGUCAAGGUGAUUGCCCCAAGGAUGGUCAACAGGUGAUAUUUCAUUAUGUUGGCUACAAUGAAUCAGGCCGUCGCAUUGAUAGCACUUAUUUGCAGGGCUCACCUGCCAAAAUUCGACUUGGCAACAAAGCACUGGUCCCAGGGUUUGAGGAAGGAAUACGAGACAUGAGGCCAGGGGGGAAGCGAAGAAUCAUCAUUCCUCCCGAACUCGGGCCGCCGGUGGGGCCGUCAACAUUCUUCAGCGCAAAACAGUUUGAGGUUUUCGACGUUGAACUACUCAAGGUGCAAGACUGUCAGCGAAGAACUAUCGCCUUCUAUUCUGACGUUGUCUGCAACUGAGCAAAGAGAACCCUUGGUUUUCUUUUCUUUUUUUUUUUUUUACCCCCCUUCUUUCUUUUAUAGGAAACGGCCUUGUAUCUCCUCAUAGUUUUAGCUUCUGUUUCCUACAAAUUGGAAUGACACUCACAUCUGACGACAUUGAAUGAGCAUCAGUGUUACGAUGCAUUUUGUUUUUGUAUUAUUACAUCCUCAGAAGCCAGGUAAAGCAUUAUUCCUUUUUUUCUUCGCU